CAACCAGAAUACCAGUAUAGAAUGAAUCAAGACCUUCACCCUGGUCUUAAUGGAAACAUCUCUUCCUGGGGAUCAAUAAAUGAUGCAUUGCUCUCGAGGACAGGCUAUACCUUCCUUGCAGUGGUCAUUGGUGUGAUCUCAGUGGCCGGGGUUUUUCUGAAUGUCCUGGUCAUCGUGGUGACAUUGAGACACCGCCAGCUGCACCAGCCUCUGAACUAUGCCCUGGUCAACUUGGCAGUGGCUGACCUAGGCUGUGCUCUGUUUGGAGGACUGCCAACCAUGGUGACCAACGCUAUGGGCUUUUUCAGCCUAGGGAGGCUGGGUUGUGUUUUGGAGGGUUUUGCCGUGGCUUUUUUUGGUAUUGCUGCCCUGUCUUCGGUGGCACUGAUAGCAGUGGAACGCUAUAUGGUGGUGUGCCGACCACUGGGAGCUGUCAUGUUCAAGACCAGGCAUGCAGUGGCUGGUGUGGUCCUGUCCUGGGUGUGGUCGUUCAUUUGGAACACCCCGCCUCUAUUUGGAUGGGGCAGCUAUGAGCUGGAGGGGCUUUUGACCUCCUGUGCCCCCAACUGGUACAGCAGGGAACCAGCCAACAUGUCUUACAUCAUCCUAUACUUCCUGCUCUGCUUUGCUAUACCUUUCUCUAUUAUCGUGGUCUCCUAUGCGUACAUCAUAUUCACCCUACACCAGGUGUCGAAGUUGAAGGUGUUGGAGGGCGGCAGCACAACCCCUGUGGAGCUACAGGUGCUGCGCAUGGUUGUUGUCAUGGUAAUGGCCUUUCUGCUCUCCUGGUUGCCCUAUGCUUCCUUUGCCAUCUCUGUGAUCAUUAACCCUGGCCUCCAAAUCAACCCGAUCAUCGCGACUGUGCCAAUGUACCUUGCCAAGGGCAGCACUAUCUACAACCCCAUCAUCUAUGUGUUUAUGAACAGACAGUUCCGGAACUGUGCUGUUCCAUACGUGUUGUGUGGUCGGAAUCCCUGGGCCUCAGAACUCGAGGCCUCUGAAGUUGAGACCACUUUGUCCUAUGUCAGCAGCAAGAGUCCACGAGUCUCACCAGAAUGA